UUGGUCACCUGUGGUCAUGGACUUCUUUCCCGCAGGAGAUGAAACCGACACCAGUAAUGAUGACUGGGAUAUCGGCUCUUUUUCAGAUGAGAAACAUUCUUGCACGAAGGAUCUCGAUACUGUUGUACUGCGUGCAGAGGAUGAUGUAUCGGUGCUUCAAAGAGCCAUUAAUGAAGGAGACAUAGAUGCUGUGUAAAUGUGGAAAUAAGGCUUGGCUUUGAAUGGACCCCUCUAAUGCAUGCUGCCAAUAUGGCAAACUAUGAAUUGGCCAAAUUCCUACUGGACAGAGGGGCAAGUGCCAAUUUCAGCAAAGAUAAGUGGACUGUCCUCAUGGCCAGUUGCACCGCCUCUGCCAGUGAGGACAAAAUUGCCCAUUGUGUGGAGCUUCUGCUGUCCAGGAAUGCUGAUCCCAACAUGGUGGAUGGGUCUCAGAUGACAUGCUUGAUGUUGGCAGCCAGGGAGGGCCACAGCAAAAUCAUCAACCAGCUUGUGUCCCAUGGUGCACAAAUCGACUCCCAGGACAGCAAUGGAUACACUGCUUUGUCUAUAGCAGCCCAGUAUGGCAGAGAAGAAGCAGUGUUAAAGCUCCUUCAACUUGGAGCAGACAAAACCAUAAGGACAGAGACUGGCAAGAGCCCCGCUGAUCUGUCGGAAAUCUUCAGACACGCACAGAUAACCAGAAUCUUAACCACUUCAUCAAGCAUUUCUGCUGUUCAGGCCAUUAAUUCCAUGGAUGAGACACUGUCAAAGUUCUUUAAGACUAACUCAAAUUUUCCAUCUUCUGGGGAGAGUGCAACCAAGUUUGAUGAUCUUGAACUUCUCCUACAUGGCCUUGAUCUGGGUUAUCUCGUAGACAUCAUGACUGAAAAUGACAUCACCUGGAGCUACUUGUUAACCAUGGAGAAGGAGGACUUUGAGAGGAUUGGUGUCAAAAAUCCAGUGGACCAACAGAAGGUGUUGAGUGCAGUGAAGCAGAUACACCUGGAUAAAGUGGACCUUGACAUGAUCAGCCAAAUAGGAUCUGCUUGCACUGGGAAUGAGGAUUUACAAAGCUUUCUCAUAAGUGUGAAUCAACAAUGCUGCUACCUGAUAGAGAUGAUUCAGGAUGUCAUCAUUCGUUUUCCUCGCCAGUCCUCUCAGGUGGUUUUCUCACUGGACCCAAAUAAAGAGGCCCAGACUAUCUGCAACCAGCUGAUUGUCCAGACUAAAGACCUGCAGAAGGAAGUCAUCUGCCUCCGUAACCUCCUAAGCCAGACGGAUGAAUCUGAAGACUCCUUUCAGGUUCGUCAACCUAAUUCCCCCAAGAAGUGGUGGGGGUCCCUGACCAGAAUGACAGUGAGCACACUCGGAGCUGCUGUCCUUCUUCUUCUCUACAAAGUAGCUCGUGGCAAAGGUUACCUGCAGAUGUGUAGGAGAAUCUUCUAAUUGUGUUGCAGAAGGAGCUAAUGUUUUUUUGUUUUUAUUUAGUGACUGUAGGUUGCCUCUAGAUUUCAUUCUAAGAGUUUUGAUGUAUUAAGAAUAAUUAGAAAAAUUGUUUUAGUUUUGUGAUGUUUUGUUCCUUAAUUAGCUCUAAUUUAUCUUUUACCUUGAUAUAGGUUUUUGGAUGUUUUAAGUGUUAAAUGAUUAAAUAUUUUGUACUAUUUUGUUAUCGUCAUUUAUUGAAAUUUGGAUAUUUGAAUUGACUGCUUUGUUUUGUUCUUAUAUAUUACCAGUCUUAUGUCUGUGCACUAUGUGGCGAUGAUGCUGGCAAUGAGUUCAUCUUAGUUGGAAUACUAGCUGAAAGUAGAAAUGGAAAAGUUUUCUUUGUUGACAUAAAAAAAACACUGCUGAAGUGCUCAUUUCACAAUGUGACUUGCUUUUUUUUGCCUUCUUUACUUUAGCAGUAAAUUCAACCCACCACACACUCAUUUUUUUCAAAAUGUUUUUAUUCAACUAAAUGUAUCUGAAAGAGCUGACAUUUUUGUGGUACAUUGCUCACUUUGCAUACAAGUGUAGUAUGUUAGUGCUUUAAUAUUCUA